AUGGUAACAGAAAAUAGCCGAGCACUUUCUUCUGAACUAAUAGUAACAGAAAAUAGCCGAGCACUUUCUUCUGAGCUAAUGGUGACAGAAAAUAGCCGAGCACUUUCUUCUGAGCUAAUGGUAACAGAAAAUAGCCGAGCACUUUCUUCUGAACUAAUGGUGACAGAAAAUAGCCGAGCACUUUCUUCUGAGCUAAUGGUGACAGAAAAUAGCCGAGCACUUUCUUCUGAACUAAUGGUAACAGAAAAUAGCCGAGCACUUUCUUCUGAACUAAUGGUAACAGAAAAUAGCCGAGCACUUUCUUCUGAACUAAUGGUAACAGAAAAUAGCCGAGCACUUUCUUCUGAACUAAUGGUAACAGAAAAUAGCCGAGCACUUUCUUCUGAGCUAAUGGUGACAGAAAAUAGCCGAGCACUUUCUUCUGAACUAAUGGUAACAGAAAAUAGCCGAGCACUUUCUUAUGAGCUAAUGGUGACAGAAAAUAGCCGAGCACUUUCUUCUGAGCUAAUGGUAACAGAAAAUAGCCGAGCACUUUCUUCUGAACUAAUGGUGACAGAAAAUAGCCGAGCACUUUCUUCUGAGCUAAUGGUGACAGAAAAUAGCCGAGCACUUUCUUCUGAACUAAUAGUAACAGAAAAUAGCCGAGCACUUUCUUCUGAGCUAAUGGUGACAGAAAAUAGCCGAGCACUUUCUUCGGAACUAAUGGUAACAGAAAAUAGCCGAGCACUUUCUUCUGAACUAAUGGUAACAGAAAAUAGCCGAGCACUUUCUUCUGAGCUAAUGGUGACAGAAAAUAGCCGAGCACUUUCUUCUGAACUAAUGGUAACAGAAAAUAGCCGAGCACUUUCUUCUGAGCUAAUGGUGACAGAAAAUAGCCGAGCACUUUCUUCGGAACUAAUGGUAACAGAAAAUAGCCGAGCACUUUCUUCGGAACUAAUGGUAACAGAAAAUAGCCGAGCACUUUCUUCUGAGCUAAUGGUGACAGAAAAUAGCCGAGCACUUUCUUCUGAACUAAUGGUAACAGAAAAUAGCCGAGCACUUUCUUCUGAACUAAUGGUAACAGAAAAUAGCCGAGCACUUUCUUCUGAACUAAUGGUAACAGAAAAUAGCCGAGCACUUUCUUCUGAGCUAAUGGUGACAGAAAAUAGCCGAGCACUUUCUUCUGAACUAAUGGUAACAGAAAAUAGCCGAGCACUUUCUUCUGAACUAAUGGUAACAGAAAAUAGCCGAGCACUUUCUUCUGAACUAAUGGUAACAGAAAAUAGCCGAGCACUUUCUUCUGAGCUAAUGGUGACAGAAAAUAGCCGAGCACUUUCUUCUGAACUAAUGGUAACAGAAAAUAGCCGAGCACUUUCUUCGGAACUAAUGGUAACAGAAAAUAGCCGAGCACUUUCUUCUGAGCUAAUGGUGACAGAAAAUAGCCGAGCACUUUCUUCUGAACUAAUGGUAACAGAAAAUAGCCGAGCACUUUCUUCUGAACUAAUGGUAACAGAAAAUAGCCGAGCACUUUCUUCUGAGCUAAUGGUGACAGAAAAUAGCCGAGCACUUUCUUCUGAACUAAUGGUAACAGAAAAUAGCCGAGCACUUUCUUCUGAACUAAUGGUAACAGAAAAUAGCCGAGCACUUUCUUCUGAACUAAUGGUAACAGAAAAUAGCCGAACACUUUCUUCUGAACUAAUGGUAACAGAAAAUAGCCGAGCACUUUCUUCUGAACUAAUGGUAACAGAAAAUAGCCGAACACUUUCUUCGGAACUAAUGGUAACAGAAAAUAGCCGAGCACUUUCUUCUGAACUAAUGGUAACAGAAAAUAGCCGAACACUUUCUUCUGAACUAAUGGUAACAGAAAAUAGCCGAACACUUUCUUCUGAACUAAUGGUAACAGAAAAUAGCCGAGCACUUUCUUCUGAACUAAUGGUAACAGAAAAUAGCCGAGCACUUUCUUCUGAACUAAUGGUAACAGAAAAUAGCCGAGCACUUUCUUCUGAGCUAAUGGUAAUGAGGAACAGUUCUCUAGGAUUUAACCAAUUGUUAAGAUAG